AUGGACUUUCGACAAUCCGUGCGUGAUAAGGUGGAGCAGCUUGAUCCCAGUGAUGCCGAGUAUGGAGGCUUCAUGGAGAUGUCGGCCAAGCAGGCCAUCGACUGGGUGGGCCAGCAGAUGAAUGACCUGAGCGGCGAGGAUUUGGCCAGCAGGUUGAGCCUCAACUGUACUGGCAGCCAAGUUCCAUCGCUGCAGCUUGAGAAUCGCCAGAUCACCAUCUUGGAGUCCAACGGAGAGACCAUGGUGCCGGACGAACUGCGGCGUCAAUUGAGAAUCCAAUACGGUGGCGCCAGCUUUGCAGAGCUGAAAUCCCGUGGGGACUUCCCGUACUUGUCGCGGCCAGAGGAGGUGACGCUCUUCAUCGAGGUGCACAUGCGGCGCUUUGGAGACUUCAUCGGCUAUCCAACAGGCAGUUUGCUUUGCUUCACAAAUUGGCUCGUGUCAAAGAAGGGUUUCCCCCCUUUGGGGUCCCAGAUUUGGAGACAUGCCUCUCAAAAUGCACAGCUCGCUGAGCAGUGA